AUGAGGACCUUCGCUAUCCUCUUCGUGCUUGCCGCCACCAUUGUCUCAGCCGCAACUCCCGCAGACGACAGCACCACGCUCGUAGCUCGCGACGCAAACUGCGACUUCUGCUUGGAUCGGUACAACUUCUGCCUUAAGAACGGCCAUACCGAGGGACAGACCGGUUGCAAACAGACCUGCGUUGAGCAUGUGUGCCAAGUGUACCGUUACCAGGGCCAUGAGUGCAAGGACUGCGGUGGCGUGUUCGACAAGUGCCGUGAGAAAUCGCGAUACGUCUAG